AUGACAGUUGUUACUUCUGAGUUCGAGGUCGAUCCAGAAACAUACAAAACCCUAGUGACCAUCGAAGGUGAUGGAGGCGCUGGAACUAUCAGGGACAUCUCUUUUGGCGAUGGCGUCCCAUUUACAAGCGGAAAGUCGAAACUUGAUGUUGUUGAUAGUGACAACUUCGCUGUUGUUUACACAAUCUUUGAAGGAGAUGUGUUGAUGGGACAACUAGAUUCAAUGACUCAUCAUGUUAAGUUUAUACCUUCACCUGAUGGUGGAUGUGUAUACAAGUCUACCAUUGUGCAUAACUGUAAAGGUGAAACUCAACUUCCUGAGGAAGCUAUCAAUAUGACAAAAGAAGGAUUCAAGAAAACUUUCAAGGCGAUUGAGAGUUUUAUCCAUGCAAAUCCUCACACUUAUUAAUCAAUAUUAUAUAGAUGGUGUGUCGUGUUCAUGGUCCAGCAAAAAUAAAAGGGAUUUCAAUCCUGUAAUAUUUUAUGUGUACUUGUUUUGUUUGAUAAUGUAUAAUCAUACAAGUAUUGUUUAUUUGGGUGAUGCUUCAUAUACACAAUCGUUCGAGAAUUUGAAAAUCAUUGGAAUAAUUUUUAUAGCGUAAAUUUGCCACUUGCUGAGAAUUCAUAAUUUGAGUUUUUUGACCAAACCAGUUCGUUCAAUUGUUGGCCACUUGGUCGACACUGAAUUGAUGGUUUUUAUUGAAACGGCGACUAGGUAUGGCCACUUGAAGGAGCGGCCAAGUAGCCAUUUUCUCCCGACAAGUUUCUUCAAAUACGAAAAAAAAUUUCCCCUUUUUCUCUAGCCAUUUUUUUAGGACAAAGGCUUUUGUUUCUUCAUUUUGGACACUUGUAUGUAUUUUAAUCUGUAUCCCCGUUUGAUUGUUGAUUAAACUACAAGCCGUCCAUUUCAUUAGUACACAAAACGUCAUUAGCCAUGCGAACAAACUAUGACCAUAGAC